AUGAUUGCCUUAAUGAACAGGAUAUUAGAUUGGUUUAAAAGUCUCUUUUGGAAGGAAGAAAUGGAAUUAACGUUGGUUGGACUGCAGUAUUCAGGAAAAACAACCUUUGUUAAUGUUAUAGCUUCUGGUCAGUUCAGUGAAGAUAUGAUUCCAACAGUUGGCUUCAACAUGAGGAAAAUCACCAAGGGCAAUGUAACCAUUAAAGUGUGGGACAUUGGAGGCCAGCCUAGGUUUAGAUCAAUGUGGGAACGUUAUUGUAGAGGAGUUAAUGCCAUUGUGUACAUGGUAGAUGCGGCAGAUCCUGAUAAAAUUGAGGCUUCUAGAAAUGAAUUGCACAAUUUAUUGGACAAACCUCAAUUAGCUGGUAUUCCUGUGUUAGUCUUGGGCAAUAAAAGAGAUAAGCCUCAAGCUCUAGACGAAAAUGGCCUUAUUGAAAGAAUGAAUCUCUCUGCUAUACAAGACCGUGAGAUCUGUUGUUAUUCGAUAUCUUGUAAAGAAAAAGACAACAUUGAUAUAACUUUGCAAUGGUUGAUUGCGCACUCAAAAUCUGAAUAUAACUUUGGAGUAGUGAUUAAAAAUUUGGUUGAAGGAGUACCAUCAAGUUAUCUUUUUUGA